AUGCCUUCUUCUCCGCGCAUGCUUAAUUAUUUCCCGCCAUUUAUUUACAUACUAAUCCCCUGCUUUUUUCCUCUCACUCUCAAAUCUCAACCCCCCUUUAUCUCCUUCCUUUUUCCCCAAAUCCAAAUCCAAAUCCAAUUUCAUCUUCUUCUCCCUUUUUCCAUGAAUUGAUCAUCAAUUCAGCCAAAUAAAUCUCGCAAUGGAACCAGCACGGCCCCGCAGCAGAAUCGCGAAAACGUUUUCAAGAGUAAUCAGUCUCAAAUCGAGCGCCAAAAACCGCUCCAACAACCCAGGCUUCUGCCUCUUCCUCCCUCAGGAGAAGCUCCGAUGCUGCGAGUCGCAUCAAUUCGAGAAGGAAGACGCAGAGGAAGCCAUGGAGGAGUGCAAAACCCGCGCCGCCAUGGAAGCCUUCGUCGCGAAGCUCUUCGCCACCAUCUCCACCGCCAAGGCCGCCUACGCCGAGCUCCAAUUGGCGCAGUUCCCCUACAACGGCGACGCGAUCCAGUGCGCCGAUCAAGCCGUGGUCGACCAGCUCAAGGCGCUAUCAGAGCUCAAGUACAGCUACAUCAAAAAGCAGAUCGACUCGUCGCCGCCGCACGUGACGCUGAUGCUGGCGGAGAUCCAGGAGCAGCAGUCGCUGAUGAAGACGUACGAGAUCACGAUGAAGAAAAUGAGAGCCGAGAUCGAGAGCAAGGAGGCGCGAAUCGCGUCGCUGCAGCAGAGCCUCCGAGAAUCCGCCGAGAGCAACAGAUCGCUCGAGAAGAAGAUGAAUGCCAGCGGAUCCUUCUCCGUUCUCGACGGCGUUCGAUUCUCCGACGUCAGUCCUCGCGAUUUCAUCCUAGUUUUGCACUGCGCGUUGAGAUCUGUGCGCGGAUUCGUCAAGCUUUUAAUUCGCGAAAUGGAGUCGGCAAAUUGGGACAUCGACGCCGCGGCAGAUGCGAUCCAGCACGACGUCGUUUUUAGAAACAGAGAUCAUAAAGCGUUCGCGUUUGAAUCGUUUGUUUGCAGAGAGAUCUUCUCCGGCUUCAACGAUGCCGGAUUCGCCGUCCAAGGCGGCGAAUCCUCCGUUCGCGGAGAGACGCCACGUCAGCGCCGCGAUUUCUUCUUCGAUCAAUUUAGGGUUUUGCGAUCGGCGAGCGCGAUCAAUUUCGUGAAGCAAAGCCCUAAUUCGUUUUUCGGAAAAUUCCUAAAAUCGAAAUACCUUCAGCUGGUGCAUCCGAAAAUGGAAUUCUCGUUCUCCGGCAACCUGAACCAGAGGAAAAUGGUGAAUUCCGGCGAGUUUCCGGAAACGGAAUUCUUCAAGGCGUUUGCGGAGAUGGGGAGGAGGAUUUGGCUGCUGCAUAGCUUGUCGUUCUCGUUUGAUCGGCGAGUCAGCUUGUUUCAAAUCAGUCGGAAUUCCAAAUUCUCCGAAGUGUACAUGGAAAGCGUGAUGGAUGAGGCUUUCGCCGCCGCAGACGGCGGCGUCAGGGUGGCGUUCACGGUGGUUCCUGGAUUUAAGGUCGGGCAGACGGUGGUGCAGAGCCAGGUGUAUCUCUUUCCAACAGACUCUCCGGCCAAGAGCUAGCUAGCUCCCCGCACGCGCUCUCCCACGCGCCGCCCCUGCUACGGUGGGGUCUCACAAUCUUGAAAUUAGAUCCCCUCUGCACCAUUCGGAUUUUCUUUUUCAGGAUUGUGAUGUUGACAGUCCGCUUGGAAAUAAAAGGUGUGAGGAGGAGGAUCGCUUUUCAAGACGGCGGAGCAGCGGCGGCGCGUGGGCGUAUUAUGAAAUGCGGUAGUUUUAAAAGAUGGGAGUAGUGAGACAGAAUUAAAGUGGGGCCCACGGAUGAGGGAGAAAUGAAGUGGUUUUUUUUGGCGGGAAGGGGGCGGUGGAGAGAGGCGGUGAGAUGGUGGGGGCGGCGGCGCAAAAAGUAGAGAAUAGAGGGGCCCUUUGGCCGGAAAAAAGAGAUGGUUAAAUUAUGGUAGUGGUUUUUUUUAUUAUUGUUUUUGUAUUUCAUGACGAGGAAAAGACAGAUCGGAGAUGUAUGGAAUAAAUUAAUGUCAUGUAAAUAAUUAUUUAAAUAUGGAGUAUACGUUUUACAUAA